UUUAUCACGUCAUGGGCACCACAAAUUUGUGCCUCGGAAUUGUAUUUUUUACGUUUUUUAGUGGAAUUUGGGCUUCAGCCGAAAAAAUACCACUGGGAGCAAUUUUCGAACAGGGCACAGAUGACGUCCAAACAGCAUUUAAAUUUGCGAUGUUGCAGCACAAUCAAAAUAUUUCCAGUAGAAAAUUUGAAUUUCAAGCAUAUGUUGACGUUAUUAAUACUGCGGAUGCAUUUAAAUUGUCUAGAUUAAUUUGCACUCAAUUUUCAAGAGGUGUAUAUUCGAUGUUGGGAGCAGUUUCUCCAGAUUCAUUUGAUACGCUACAUUCCUAUAGUAAUACUUUUCAAAUGCCUUUUGUAACGCCUUGGUUUCCAGAAAAAGUAUUAGCCCCGUCAUCGGGAUUUAUGGACUAUGCUAUUUCAAUGCGACCUGAAUACCACAAAGCCAUCAUAGAUACGGUUAAGUAUUACGGAUGGAGGCAGAUUAUAUAUUUAUAUGAUUCUAAUGAUGGUCUCCUAAGGUUACAACAGAUAUACCAAGGAUUAACUCCUGGCAGUGAGAUUUUUCAAGUCACUACUGUACGGAGAAUAAACAAUGUUAGCGAAGCAUUAUCAUUUCUUAGAGGAAUAGAAGAACAUACUCGAUGGACCAACAAAUAUGUGGUUCUAGAUUGCUCUACUGAGACUGCUAAAGAAAUUGUUGUUAACCAUGUUAGGGAUAUAUCCUUAGGAAGACGAAAUUAUCAUUAUUUACUUUCAGGAUUGGUUAUGGACGAGAGAUGGGAAAGCGAAGUAGUGGAAUAUGGAGCCAUCAAUAUUACGGGGUUUAGGAUAGUCGAUAGCUUUAAACCUUAUGUAAAAGAAUUCUUAGAAGGAUGGAAACGACUUGAUUCGGUUCAAUCUCCGGGAGCUGGUAAAGACAGUAUAUCCGCCCAGGCUGCUUUAAUGUACGAUGCUGUCUUCGUAUUGGUGGAGGCUUUUAACAAAGUUUUACGAAAAAAGCCAGAUCUCUUCAGGAACAAUGUAAGAAGAGGACUAAAUUACAAUGGAACAACAAAGGCUCUAGAUUGUAACGUGAAUGGCAACUGGGUGACACCGUGGGAACACGGAGACAAGAUUUCACGGUUUUUAAGGAAGGUAGAAAUUGAAGGAUUAACUGGAGAAAUUCGUUUUAGCGAAGAAGGUCGACGACAAAAUUACACACUUCAUGUUGUAGAGAUGACAGUUAAUAGUGCAAUGGUGAAAGUAGCUGAAUGGAGCGAUCAAACUGGAUUUAGCCCAAUUGCUGCAAAAUAUGUUAGACUGAAAGCAAACGCCCAUAUAGAGAGAAAUAAAACCUAUAUAGUUACAACAAUAUUGGAAGAGCCCUACAUUAUGAGGAAAACACCGGAUUUGGGAGAAACCCUCGUAGGAAAUGAUCAGUUUGAAGGCUACUGCAAAGAUCUGGCCAAUUUAAUAGCCCAGAAACUUGGAAUUAAUUAUGAGCUACGGAUAGUAAAAGAUGGAAAAUAUGGAGCAGAAAAUCAUGAAGUUAAAGGUGGAUGGGAUGGUAUGGUCGGAGAACUUGUUCGACAGGAGGCAGACAUGGCUAUCGCUCCAAUGACUAUAACGUCCGAGAGGGAACGAGUAAUAGAUUUUAGCAAACCAUUCAUGUCACUGGGUAUAUCGAUAAUGAUUAAAAAACCUAUGAAACAAAAACCGGGAGUUUGGAGUUUCCUCAACCCGCUUUCAAAAGAAAUAUGGGUUAGCGUUCUUUUUGCUUAUGUUGGAGUGAGCAUUGUUUUAUUCGUAGUGUCGAGGUUUUCUCCAUACGAAUGGCGGUUACUUCAUAUCACUGGUGAACAUCGGGACACGGGCAAUCCACACACCAACCACGGAGGAACGAUGGCAAAUGACUUUACAAUGUUAAAUUCAUUAUGGUUUUCUUUGGCCGCCUUUAUGCAACAGGGAGGGGAGCUAUCCCCUAGAUCUUUAUCGGGUCGAAUAGUUGGUGCCUGCUGGUGGUUCUUUACUUUAAUAUUAAUUUCCAGUUACACUGCUAACUUAGCGGCAUUUUUGACUGUCGAACGAAUGGUAGCUCCUAUAAACUCACCUGAAGAUUUAGCUUCACAAACUGAGGUAGAAUACGGAACAUUAUAUCACGGAGCAACGUGGGAUUUCUUCAGGAGGUCGCAGUUAACACUUUACUCAAAAAUGUGGGAGUUCAUGAAUUCCAGAAAACACGUAUUCGUUAAAACGUACGACGAAGGCAUUAAACGAGUAAGAACCUCAAAAGGAAAGUUUGCCUUGUUGGUAGAGUCUCCAAAAAAUGAUUACACUAAUGAAAGGGAGCCAUGUGAUACUAUGAAAGUAGGAAGAAAUCUAGACGCGAAAGGUUUUGGUAUUGCAACCCCUCUUGGAUCACCAUUAAGGGACGCAGUUAACCUUGCUGUACUUUCAUUGAAAGAAGAUGGCGAACUUACCAAACUUAAGAACAAAUGGUGGUAUGAUAGAACCGAAUGCCUUCGAGAUAAACAAGAUACCUCUCGCAAUGAGUUGUCAUUGAGCAAUGUCGCUGGGAUAUUCUACAUUUUGAUAGCUGGUCUCUUUAUAGCUAUGGCGGUAGCAUUAUUGGAAUUUUGCUACAAAUCACAUUCAGAAGCAAAAAGAGCUAAAAUACCUCUGGGUGAUGCAAUGAAAGCAAAGGCAAGAUUAACAAUUGGUGUAGGCAGAGAUUUUGAUAAUGGAAGGGUAAGCAGUAAACCUUUUAUUUAG